AUGGAGAAAUUGCGCGCCUCCCCUCUUCCUCGUUCGGGGCUCUCCAAAGGCCCAUCUGCUGCUGCCAGAUCUGGAGGAUGAAGACUGAAGAGGCCCCCUCUUGUCUGCAGCAGGCCAUGCCAGUCCUGGGCUAUGGCUCGGAAUCGAAAAUGCGGGAGGUUUGCGCUGGUUGCAACACCCCAAUCUCAGAUCGCUUCCUGCUGCGGGUGAAUGAGCGCUCCUGGCAUGAGGGCUGUGUGAAGUGUGCUGCUUGCCUCCAGCCUCUCUCAGGCACAUGCUAUUGUCGCAACAGGCAGCUCUACUGUAAGCAUGACUAUGAAAAGCUCUUCCAGACCAAAUGCAGCGGCUGCCUCAAAGCUGUGGCUCCUUCUGAAUUCAUCAUGCGGGUGCUGGAGAACGUCUACCACGUCCACUGCUUCUCCUGCUGUGAGUGUGAGCGGCGGUUGCAGCGCGGAGAUGAGUUUGUGCUGAAGGAAGGGCAGCUGCUUUGCCGCAGCGACUAUGAGAAGGAGAGAGAAAUGCUAAGCGCCAUCAGCCCUGCACCCACUGAGUCAGUGAAGAGUGAAGAUGAGGAUGGGAGCCACCCACAUGGCAAAGGAGGCGAGGAAGGCAAGGACCACAAGCGCUCCAAACGCCCACGCACCAUCCUUACCACGCAGCAGCGACGGGCAUUCAAGGCCUCCUUUGAAGUCUCCUCAAAGCCCUGCCGAAAGGUGAGGGAGACAUUAGCAGCUGAAACUGGUUUGACUGUCCGUGUAGUCCAAGUCUGGUUCCAGAACCAAAGAGCCAAGAUGCAUCCAAACACCUCUUUGCAGAUGAAAAAGAUAGCCCGCCGGCAGCAGCAACAACAGCAGCAGCAGCAACAGGAACAAGAGCAGUUGGGAAAUCCCCGUCUAGGGACGGGGAGGGGAAAUGGACGCAGCAGCAGACAGAGCAAUGAGGACAGCGAAGAUAGUGCCAGUGUGCAUGGAAUAGAUGGGCUCAUGGUACCCUACUCCAGGAUUGCCCAGCAGCAGCUGCUUCCCUUGGAUCAGAACAGCUACAGCACAGACUUGUACCGGCAAGGACUCACCCCACCCCAGUUGCCAGGAGAUCAUCUUCAUCCAUACGAUUCGGAAGGUGUUUUCCAUGACAUGGACAGCGACACGAUUGGCCAUUUGGGCGACUGCCUGCUGUCUGCGGCUGAGGCCAACCUGCUGCAAACUCGAGUGGGCAACCCUAUCGACAGGCUGUACUCCAUGCAAAACUCCUAUUUCACCUCCUGACCCUUGGUUCUUCCACCUGAUAUGAGCCGCUCUGGGUGUAGAAGGGGGUAAAAUGGCAUGGAGGGGCAAGACCAAUCCAUUGGGCAGAACUCUUUGGACCCUGUAACACUAAUAAGGCAUGUGAGGCUG